AUGAAGAGUACUUCGGGAUAUGCCUUUACAUUUGGUAGUGGAGUAUUCUAUUGGGCAUCUGUGAAGCAACAAUGUGUUGCUCUAUCCACAGCUGAAGCAAAAUAUGUAAGUGCAUCAGAGGCAACUGCACAAGCUACUUGGUUACGAUUUGUGUUAGAAGACUUUGGUGAGAUGCAGACUGUGGCAACACCCCUAAACUGUGAUAACACCUCAGCCAUUGCUAUCAUCAAGAAUCCGAUCUUUCAUCAGAAAACCAAACACAUAAACCGGAGGUAUCACUACAUCAAAGAAGCUCUACAACAGGGUGUAAUCGACUUGAUUCAUUGUCCUACAAAGGAGCAAGUAGCUGACAUCUUCACUAAGGCGUUUGCAAGAGAACAGUUUUCUUAUCUCAGAGAAUUGCUUGGGUGA